AGCAAUGAGUUCGGCACCUCGCCUCUCCAACCCAAUGAAAUAGUCUUCGCCCCUCUAGAAGGAUGAGCGCGCAGGCGGGCGGCGACAUCCCCACCAUCUUCAACCCAGGGGGCGGUCGCCAACGCGCGCCCAGUGUCGUCGUGACGGAAGAGGGGGGAGUGGGCGUGGCUAAUGGACCGUUCGGCCACGCCGACUCGAUCGGCAGCCAGCCGGAGUCCAGCGGAGGCGGAGCGACUGCUACUGGGGGCGGAGAUGGGGUCGUGACGACGUCCCCGGCUACACCCGCCUCUGGAGGGUUGGCCGGGAAGAUGAAGUCGUGUUCUACGUCCGUAUGCUCGAGGUCGGCAAGAAAGAUCUACUUCGGCAUUUGGGUAACUGUAUGCGUAACCGCAUCCUGGGUGGGAGCCACACACUGUAUCAAGUACCUGUACCUAGGCCGACCAAGAGAACCGGAAACUGAUGCUGACCCUAUGCUUCUGCCUGCUGGUAUCAACGAAGUCAACAUGACAGCCAUACAGCCUGUGCAUGUAUAUAGUGUUACUUAUCAAGCGCCGUUCUUCACCACGUGGUUCGUCACGAAUUGGACAAUGCUGUUCUUUCCUUUGUACUACCUGACAAGGUUGAGCAACAGAAGGUGUGAAUCAAUUUUUGAUAUUCUUUCAGAGAGCAUAAGAGAUUUCAGAGAUAAAGGAUUCACAGCAGUGCGUUUCAUGACCCGCUGCAGCCUAUUCUGCAUCUUAUGGGUAGGCACGAACUACAUGUACAUAAUGUCCCUAAGGAUCCUGCCUGCGACGGACGUGAUGGCGCUCUUCGCUACCAACGUCUCAUUCGUCUACCUGCUCUCUUGGGUUAUUUUGCACGAGCAGUUCGUCGGUAUUAGAAUAAUGGCUGUGAUAAUAUGUGACACUGGCGUAGCGUUGUUAGCGUAUAUGGACGGUAUCACCGGUAGUCCCACUUUGGGAGGAGUGGUGCUGGCCACUUCCGCUGCGGCAGCUUCAGCGGUGUAUAAGGUGCUAUUUAGGAAAGUGGUGGGAGACGCCACCUACGGUCAGGUGGCGUUAUUCUUUUCGUUAAUCGGCAUGCUCAAUGCGGCGUUCCUGUGGCCUUUAUGUUUGGGCCUGUUCCUACUAGGUACGGAGACUUUACACUGGGAAACGCUACCGUGGCCAGCGUUACUCGCCGCAAGUUGUCUUUCUCUAGUUGCCAAUUUACUGGGUAACUUCAGUGUUGCCCUUACUUAUGACCUGUUCAUCACAUUAGGACUUAUAACAGCUGUUCCAGUAUCAGCAGCUUUAGACGUGGUGCUAUACGACGCAAGCUUCGAGGGCAUGAAGUUAGCAGGAAUGAUCCUGAUCGCUGUGGGCUUCUUCUUGGUCAUGUUUCCAGAUAACUGGCCGGACUACAUAACUAGGCUGUUGAGAAAUAUCAUUCUGUUGAGUCACAGUGCCAGGCCAGGCUUUCUGAGGCGGCAGGACCUACCGGUUAACACCUAACCACAUCGACACCAUGGCACUCUGCGUCCCAUUUACACAUCAUAUGGAGCCGAAGAAGCCGUAGGGGAUCGCAAAGCUCUCACCGGGCCCCCGUAAUGGACUACCGCACAGGGUACAUCAGGUCGCAUCUGCGGUCGCCUUCCGGCAGGGUGCGGUGACCAAGCUACCAUCUCGACGAACCAAUCAUCAACGAGUUUUACUUGACACCACUCUAGACAUUUUCUUCGAAGCAACGCAUGAAACGGUGGUGGUUAUUGUGUUUAGCAAUAAGGGUAGGAUGCGGCAUUCAACUGGCCAAAGAAACGAAUUACGAUGGCGGUCCGAUAAGUACUUAGCCUAAGGGAAUUCUUCUAGACGGCUACGGUCAAAAUUUCAGUCGGAUCGGACUAGUAGUUUUGUUUAGACCGCGCGUGGAAGCGGGAGUGUCCGCGGAUUUUAGAACAAUGAAAAUUGGGCAAUAUCGGACGGUGAUUUGACUCUUGUUUUCGGAAGAGAAAUCGCUCAGCGAUAUCAAAGAGCACUUGGAUGCUCUCCUUCGAUGGCGACCGUCAAAAUUGGUUUACCGAGUUCUAACGCGGUUGCGCAAAAGACCGCGUGAGACAUCCUGCGUAAAAUAUUGAACAUGAGAAAGAUGUCCGCGCGACAACAACCAUGAGGCCCCUUCAAAGCAGUGUUUGCCGCUGUUUAAGCGUAA